GUGUGUCAGUGGGCCAACUGAGUGAUGCACACGUCCAUGUAGUGAUUGCUCGACAUUCUACUCAUCUCGCCUGCCAUUUUUUCCCCUUGCCAUAUCCCAACCCUCCUCAUCUCCCUCCUCUUUUUUUCUUCUUCCUCCAUCCCUGCUUCCUCCUCCUCCUCCUCCUCCUCCUCCUCCUCCUCCUCCCUCUCCCCAGCAAGUUCGAUGCGAUCGGCUCUGGGCCCGUGAGUUCUCGGUGCGGGCGACAGCGCUGCUGAACAUGGCGUCAGACGGGAUGAUUUUAACGAACCACGACCACCAAAUCCGGGUCGGAGUCCUGACAGUGAGUGACAGCUGUUUUCGAAACCUCGCAGAGGACCGCAGUGGCGUAAACCUCAAAGAUCUCGUCCACGAUCCAUCACUGUUGGGUGGUAUGAUUGUGGCCUACAAGAUAGUACCAGAUGAAAUAGAUGAAAUCAAGGAAACUCUAGUGGACUGGUGCGAUGAAAAGGAACUUAACCUCAUUUUAACCACAGGGGGUACCGGCUUUGCUCCAAGAGACGUCACACCAGAGGCCACUAAGGAGGUGAUAGAGCGUGAGGCUCCGGGGAUGUCGCUGGCAAUGUUGAUGGGAUCCCUCAACGUCACACCGCUAGGCAUGCUUUCCAGACCUGUGUGCGGUAUCCGAGGGAAGACGCUCAUCAUUAACUUACCAGGAAGUAAGAAAGGCUCCCAGGAAUGCUUCCAGUUCAUCCUGCCGGCGCUGCCCCACGCCAUCGACCUCCUGCGUGACGCCGUGGUGAAAGUCAAGGAGGCGGCGGACGAGCUGGAGGACCUGCCGUCGCCGCCGCCGCCUCUCUCGCCGCCACCCAACAGUUCGCCACGGCGUCAGACGGAGGACAAGGGCGUGCAGUGCGAAGAGGAGGAUGAGGAGAAGAAAGACAGCGGCGUGGCGUCCACAGAGGACAGCUCCUCCUCCCACAUCACCGCAGCAUCCAUCGCCGCCAAGAUCCCAGACUCCAUCAUCUCGCGGGGUGUCCAGGUGUUGCCCAGGGAUACGGCCUCUCUCAGCACCACGCCCUCCGAGUCGCCUCGCGCCCAGGCCACAUCUCGCCUCUCUACCGCUUCCUGUCCCACACCCAAAGCGCGGCUCCCCUCCUGUUCAUCCACCCUAAGCAUUGCUGAGGCCUCACGGAGAGAAUUCAGGGCUCACCUGGAUGAAGUCAUCACGCUCAAGUCAAGGUACUCUACCUUGGACCAGCUCCAGUGUAGGUUGGAGGGGCUUAAAGAUGAUCGCAGGAGGACCUUCAGCUCUCGAGUGCAGUCGAGAUGCAGCAGCAAAGAAAAUAUCCUAAGAUCAAGUCACAGUGCUGUAGACAUCACUAAGGUGGCCCGGAGACACCGCAUGUCCCCUUUUCCCCUCACCUCCAUGGACAAGGCCUUCAUCACUGUGCUGGAGAUGACCGCCGUCCUUGGCACUGAGAUCAUCAACUACCGAGACGGAAUGGGUCGAGUCCUAGCUCAGGACGUUUAUGCCAAAGACAACCUGCCGCCAUUCCCUGCUUCUGUCAAGGAUGGUUAUGCUGUGAGAGCGGCCGACGGCCCAGGCGACCGCUUCAUCAUCGGAGAGUCCCAAGCAGGAGAGCAGCCCACCCACACGGUGAUGCCUGGCCAGGUGAUGAGGGUGACAACCGGAGCUCCAAUUCCCUGCGGGGCUGAUGCCGUUGUUCAGGUGGAAGACACUGAGCUCCUCCGUGAGUCUGAAGAUGGCACAGAGGAGCUGGAAGUACGAAUUUUGGUCCAGGCUCGGCCAGGCCAGGAUAUCAGGCCUAUCGGUCAUGACAUCAAGCGUGGCGAGUGUGUGCUGGCCAAAGGCACCCACAUGGGUCCCUCUGAGAUCGGUCUCCUUGCCACAGUGGGGGUCACAGAGGUGGAGGUCCAGAAAUUUCCUGUGGUGGCAGUGAUGUCGACAGGAAAUGAGCUGCUCAACCCAGAAGAUGACCUUCAUCCUGGGAAGAUCAGAGACAGCAAUCGCUCCACCCUGCUGGCCACCAUCCAGGAGCACGGCUACCCAACUAUUAACCUGGGCAUUGUGGGAGACAACCCCGAUGACCUUCUCAACGCUCUGAAUGAAGGCAUCAGCCGUGCUGAUGUCAUUAUCACCUCAGGCGGAGUGUCCAUGGGGGAGAAGGACUACCUUAAGCAGGUGCUGGAUAUAGAUCUUCAUGCUCAGAUCCAUUUUGGUCGGGUCUUCAUGAAACCAGGGCUCCCUACAACAUUUGCCACACUGGACAUUGACGGUGCUCGUAAACUCAUCUUUGCCCUCCCAGGAAACCCCGUAUCCGCUGUCGUCACGUGUAAUCUUUUUGUCAUCCCUGCCUUGAGGAAGAUGCAGGGCAUUUUGGACCCAAGGCCUACAAUCAUCAAAGCCAGGUUGUCUUGCGACGUGAAGCUGGAUCCUCGCCCUGAAUACCACCGCUGCAUUCUGACAUGGCAUCACCAAGAGCCUCUGCCGUGGGCACAGAGCACAGGGAACCAGGUGAGCAGCAGACUGAUGAGCAUGCGCAGUGCCAACGGGCUCCUGAUGCUACCUCCCAAAACAGAGCAAUACGUGGAGCUGCACAAGGGCGAGGUGGUGGACGUCAUGGUCAUCGGACGGCUAUGAUGUCAUCACCGAGGCGGGUGGAGAGUCGCCGUCGUUAAUAGGGAGCGGCGGGAAUGGGUGGUUCACGGUGCAUGUCCACAUAUCAUUGACUAUUCUGUAAUAUGCAACGGCACAGCUAGUUUUUAUUGAUUUGGAGAACAUGGAGGUAUAGUCGACAUCUUGAUCACAGCCUAGAUACAUAAGAGAACAUUGAUUUAAGAAGAUUAUAGUAUUUCAGAGAAAGAAAAUAUAACUUUUAAUGGAAAAAAAAUCUAAUUAUAAAAAGAGAUUUAUUCUGUAAUAUAUUAUUAUGAUUAUUCUUCUUAUUAUUAUGAUUAUUCUUCUUAUCAUUAUUAUAUUAAGGCAACUUUGUUCCUUUCAUUGCAAUUGCUUUGUGUGUUCAAUGCUAGACCUUAUCUAUAGCAGUAGCAUUUUAAUAGACAGCUGUAGGUGCCUGCCAGGACAAAAAAUAUAUAUAUAUUAUUUUCUCAUCUUUAGUGGAAAAAAAAAGCUCUAAUCCUUUUUAUUUUAUUUUGACAAUGAAGAAAAAAACUGAGGAAGACUCCAGAUUUCCCAUGGUGCUGCAGCUAAACAGGAAAAGGUGGGAGGGGGCACACGGAGGUCUUUUUCUCUUGUGUGCACCCAUCAAGGUGACACAUUUUCUCUUGUUAGUAUGCAUCAUAUUGGCUUCACAAAGAGCUUUGCUUGUCGUUUAUCUCGUGAGUCUUGUUUAUGUGCGCGGUGCCAAAUGACUAGACGGGGGUGUGGGAGGGGGUGUAGGGGAUGGUUGGAAGGAGGGGGGGCAGUGGGGUUUGUCACCUGGAGACCUGGUGGAAUAUUUGCUCCUAGAGACUGCUCACCCCCUCUACAACCCUCUUCCCAGGGAUGAGCUUGGGGGGGGGAAUAUAUUUUAUUUGAGCAACUAUUUAAGAAAAAAAAGCAAGAAAAGAAGCAGCUUCUUUAAUUGCUGACAGCCUUUUUAACCGACUUCACAAAAUUGUACAGAAAAAAAAGAGAACCAUAUUGUACAGAUAUGUGACCAGCACUCCUAAGGAAAUUAUUAUUAUAAUUAUUAUUAUUAUUAAGCAACGAGGAGACAUUGAACAACGCUGUACUAUAAACAUUUUCUGUAAUGAUGCUGAAACUGACGAAAGAGACGACGGUAAUAAAAAUCCUUGAUCAUUAUGUAAAAAAAAAAGGUUAUUGUUGGGUUCCUUUUUUAAUAAAAUAUAUCUAACAAACUACAAGAGAACUCGUUUUUGGGUUUGAGUUGGUUUGGGGCAGCCAUCGACCUCGACUGCAUGGGUCAAGACGAGAUGGUGAAGGGGUGGGCUGAAAAAAAGCAUGGAGGCUAUGUACAUACAAAUACGGAUGUUUUAAAAACGCAUAUUUUUCUGUGAGUCUCGACCUCUCAGCCACACAGAAACUUAGGUUUUAGUUUUUAUAAAACAAGGAAAACUCCAGCUAGAGUGGGGAUUUUCAAAAACUCCGGCUUCAGCGUUUGUGUGUGGACGGGUAAAACAAAGCUUUUUGAGUUGUGUCAGAAGAAAUGUGUGACAUUAUCUCAUGUUUUUAAAGCUUACCGUAAAUUCCUAUGUAUGAGCCGCUACUUUUUUCUUAAACUUUGAACCCUGUGUCUUAUUUAUGGCUAAAUUCUAAUCUCGUGACAUCUCCUUUACUUCAGAACUACUACUAAUUGCCUAAAUACUGUGACGUUCGCGAGUCAGUGAGGAAACGGUAGCUCUUUCUUUGGCAGGAGCCAAUCACGAGCUAUCAGUGGACUCACAACAAGCUUGUCAACCCACUGGAAACCACAGGAGGUCAUUAUAUAUAACAGUAUAACAAUAUACCAGUCUGACUCACCGUGUCAUCUUACUCAGAAAACUAAACUCAUCACACAGCAACUUAACACUCAAAAGUACGCAUUUAUUGGGGUGCUGCAAUCACGUCAGCCUCCCUGUGGGCUCCGCACAUGCAAUAAAAAAAAAUUGUGAUAUUUUCUGGGCUUCAUGCUGUGAUUUAAAAAAUAAUGUGCAUGUCUUCGUACGUUUAAUACUCACUGUAUUGAUGAACGGAGGUGUUAUAAUGCACGAUCAACUCAACUGUGGUUUAUUCAAGCUUCUGAUUGGCCAAAAUGCACAUUACGGCCAGUGAAUGUGUUUUUAGGUGGACAGGGAUGUUUUUUUAAACUGCACUCGUGUGGAUGGAGAUUUCAACACCAGUGUUGGAGAAAUGUGCGUUUGUGUGAACAUGGCCAGAGACUACUGCUAAUAUUACAAAUACAGCCAAGCUUCUCAACCUGUGGUUUCUUGGAAUUUGAACAAUUUUCCCUUAGGACAUUUAGAGAACAAGUGAUAAACACAAACAACAACUAGCCAGGCAAUUAGGAGUGAACUUGCUACCUGAAUUUCCACCAAUUUCUCACAAUCACUGCUUUUCACAAAAAAAUGUGUUUCUGAAUGUUACGACCUUUGGAGCGUCCCAUUUUUAGCUACCAAUGUAGUACCAAUAAUACAUCUGGUAUGGUUGACAUUUACAUUUCUGGACGCUUCUGGCUGUCGGCUUGUACGGUGGCCAGAACCCACUCAAACUACAUGGCCAUAAUUAUAGACUCACAAUGUCCCCACUUGUUUACCAGUGGUUUUACAGGACAGGGGAAAUCCCCAGGCAGACAAACCUAAGCCAGCUCUAACUAUAAGCUUGAUAAAAAACAAAAGUUGUAUAUUUAAAUAUCGAGAGCGUGUCUACCCCUCACGGUUCUGCCCAAAAAGAGGCUGAAGGGUCUACUUUCGUAGAGUCUGGGAACCAUAGUGGGUUUUAUCCCUGCACAUAAGGAAUUGCAAUGCAAUGCUGCAAUGGACUGUGACUUGGUUUCUUUUCAGGAAAGGUACGCAGUCAAGAAGGAGCUGGCGUGAGUGAGUGUAAAGAGAGAAGUGAAAGAAGGGAUUACCCUCAUAGAAAGUCUGCAAGGUGAAAUGACACAGGAUCCCAUUAACUGCUGAUGAUUAAUAGCACUGUGACAUGAACUUGCUUCCAAUUCAUCCAUGUGUGGAGCGUGUUGAGUCUAAGGGGAUUAGCAUGGAGAUGAUGCUAUAAUUUAACACGGAUGUUUUCAUAUGCUCAAGUGCAUUAAGCCUUCAAUUAUUUAUUGGGCGGGGGAUAAAACUGCCUGCAAAGAUAUAGAAGGGUUUUUAUCUCUUGUGUGAGUUGUAAGAGGAGUUGCAAUUAGCAAGCUCAUGGGAAGCAAAAUGUAU